CGCCGUUGGUGCCCGCCCACUGUCGGCAGCGCAAGCGCAAGGGGAGGCGGCGUCCGGGGCAAGUCUCCCUAAUGUAAGAUGGUGGCCGGGCUGGCAGCGGAGCGCCCCAAGCUCGGAGGUUACCGGUCUCUCGCGUAAAGGUCGUCGGAGCAGCCACCCAAGCGCCCGGCCGGCCGCCGCCGCAGGUCCCGCCCCAGGAGCGUCGCUGCGGUUUUCUCCCCCCCCGCUUCUCUCUUUUCUCGCCGCCUCUCUCCUUCCCUCCCCACCCUUCUCCUUUCCCUUCGCCUCCUUCCCCGCACGCUCACCCACCCGCCCGCCCCCGCCGCCACCGCCGCGCCGGGCAGCGUGAGGGAGAGCCGCGCACACGCACCGCGGGCCGGGCAGAGAGGAGGAAGGCGGCAGAAGCAAAUGGCAAGGCUGCAUUCAGGCUCUCAUCCUACUUCCAGCGACGGUUGUACAGCUCUACCUGCCAGUCUGAAAACCUUCAAGUGCUGACCUUCUCGGUCUAUUAAGUUAUUAUAAACUUUUGCUGCUCUGCGAACAUAUAAAGAUGUCUCGCAGCCCUGAUGCUAAGGAAGACCCUGUGGAAUGCCCCCUUUGCAUGGAGCCUCUGGAAAUUGAUGACAUCAACUUCUUCCCUUGCACCUGUGGCUACCAAAUCUGUCGUUUCUGUUGGCAUCGUAUCCGCACUGAUGAGAAUGGACUUUGUCCUGCUUGCAGAAAGCCAUAUCCAGAAGAUCCAGCAGUGUACAAACCACUCUCCCAGGAAGAGCUGCAAAGGAUAAAAAAUGAAAAGAAACAGAAACAAAAUGAGAGGAAACAGAAGAUAUCAGAGAAUCGCAAACAUUUGGCCAGCGUACGGGUUGUACAGAAGAACCUUGUCUUCGUGGUAGGGCUAUCUCAGCGCCUAGCAGAUCCAGAGGUUUUGAAACGACCAGAAUAUUUUGGGAAGUUUGGUAAAAUACAUAAAGUUGUCAUUAAUAACAGCACAUCAUAUGCAGGCUCACAGGGUCCAAGUGCCAGCGCAUAUGUAACCUACAUCCGGUCAGAAGAUGCUCUCAGAGCCAUACAGUGCGUCAAUAAUGUGGUAGUAGACGGCAGAACACUUAAGGCAUCAUUAGGUACAACAAAAUAUUGCAGUUAUUUUCUAAAAAAUAUGCAAUGUCCAAAACCAGACUGUAUGUAUCUACAUGAGCUGGGAGAUGAAGCAGCCAGUUUCACAAAAGAAGAAAUGCAGGCGGGUAAGCACCAGGAAUAUGAACAGAAACUACUGCAAGAAUUAUACAAACUAAACCCCAACUUUCUCCAAUUAUCUACGGGUACAGUUGACAAGAACAAGAACAAAGUGACAGCAUUGCAGAGGUAUGAUGCACCCAACAGUAAUAACAAAGAUGCCUGGCCAUCAUUACAGAGUUCAAGUAAAUCAGCCAACGGUUUAACAAUGGAACACAGGAAAACGCCUCCUAUAUUAGAAAAUGGCACAGACCCAGAACACAUGACUCCAGAUGGUGCAGACUCAGAUUUCGGCCCUAUCGACAAACCUUCAGAUUCACUCAGUAUAGGAAAUGGUGACAGCUCCCAACAGAUAACAAAUAGUGACACGCCUUCACCACCUCCUGGUUUGACAAAACCCAAUCCAGUCAUACCCAUCAGUUCAUCUAAUCACAGUGCGCGGUCCCCUUUUGAAGGGGCUGUAACAGAAUCACAGUCACUCUUCUCUGACAACUUUCGACACCCUAACCCUAUCCCUAGUGGGCUUCCUCCAUUCCCCAGCUCUCCACAGACUUCAAAUGACUGGCCCACAGCACCAGAACCACAGAGCCUCUUCACAUCAGAAACUAUACCAGUAUCCUCCUCCACAGACUGGCAAGCGGCUUUUGGGUUUGGUUCCUCCAAACAGCAAGAGGACGACUUAGGGUUUGACCCCUUUGACAUCACCCGCAAAGCCUUAGCAGACCUGAUUGAGAAGGAACUGUCAGUCCAAGACCAACCUUCCCUCUCACCCACAUCUCUUCAGAACCCUCCCCCACACACUACAACUGCCAAAGGGCCAGGCUCUGGAUUUCUGCAUCCUGCUGCACCCACAAAUGCCAACUCUCUCAGUAGCACCUUUCCAGUCAUGCCACAGAGGUUCCCACAGUUUCAACAGCAUCGAGCAGUUUACAACUCCUUCAGUUUUCCAGGCCAAGCAGCUCGCUAUCCUUGGAUGGCCUUCCCACGCAAUAGCAUCAUGCACUUGAACCACACAGCAAAUCCCACCUCAAAUAGUAAUUUCUUGGACUUGAAUCUCCCACCACAACACAGCACAGGUCUGGGAGGGAUCCCUAUAUCAGACAACAGCAGUUCUGUAGAGAGUUUAAAUAUGAAGGAAUGGCAGGACGGGCUAAGGGCACUUCUACCGAACAUUAACAUCAACUUUGGUGGACUGCCCAAUGCUUCUUCCCCCUCCAACGCCAACCACAGUGUACCAACGUCCAACACUGCCACCACCGACAGCCUGAAUUGGGACAGCCCUGGCAGCUGGAUGGACCCCGCAAUCAUCACAGGUAUCCCAGCCUCCACAGGAAACAGUUUAGACACCCUUCAAGAUGACAAUCCUCCACAUUGGCUAAAAUCUCUUCAGGCCCUCACAGAGGUGGACGGCCCCAGUGCAGCACCAUCACAGACGCACCACAGUAACCCCUUCGGCACACAGAUCCCUCUGCACAGAGCCAGUUGGAAUCCCUACUCUCCUCCUUCAAACCCCACCAGCUUCCAUUCCCCACCUCCAGGCUUUCAGACAGCCUUCAGACCCCCCAGUAAAACCCCCACAGAUCUACUACAGAGCUCAGCGCUGGAUCGUCAUUAGGAAUGGAGGAAGAAUUAAAAAAAGAAAAAGAAAACCCAAAACGUUAGAAAUGCAGGAAGUGUCCCACCCUGACUCCUCCCCAUGCCCACCUACUGUUCCCUGUCAUAUCUUUCUUUCUGAAGAAUCCAGUUCCUGAUCAAACUUUCCCCCCCCAAAUGCAAUGCCAUCACAGGGUCAUGACUGUAUCUUUUUGUUAAGUUUCUGCUGAGCCAGUGUUUGAAAUACACAGUUUGAAAUAUUUCUAACCAUUCUAAGGGGGAAAAAAAAAAAAAAAGAGAGAGAGAGAGAAAUCAAAAUGCAGUCUCAAUGCUUAAGGAGAAUAUUACUGUCUUAUGUCUUUUGCAUAUGAGUAUUUCCGCCUCGUGGAAAAGUGUCAAUCUGCAGUAGAGGAAAAAUGCAAUGCAGAAUCAAAUGCAGAGACAUGAAAAGAAUAUUUCAUUUAAAUGACAUUACUGAACAUGUGGGGCAAGCAGUGGCCUAGCAUUUAUUUUGCAUUCAGUGUGGCACUACACAGGGAAAUUGCUAUGUUGGGGUUUGGUUUGGUUUUUAUUUUUUUUUUCUUUUGAGAAGGGGAUUUUAUUGUGUCAGUCAGUUUGACAUGAAGUGUGUUGAAAGACAGAACACUUAUAGCUAUGAGUAACUGGCAUGUUGCUAAAGAGUGGUUUAAAGAGGGGAGAAUAAGAUUUUUCUUUAAUUUUGGCUUUAGAUUUAAAGUAAACCUUAAUGUUUUAAAAGUAUUCACAGAUUUAAUACCUAGCGUAUACAUAAUAUAAUUAUAAGCAGCUGAAACACGAGUGAUAUUUACUUCAGUCUUUCUGUCUCCUCUGUUUAGUCUCUCUUUCUUUUUUUUUUUUUUUUUUUAAAAAUAUUUUUUUGAAAUUAAAAAAAAAAGAUCCACCUGAUUAGGGCACUCUGGGAUAGCACUGCAUUGGGGCCACAUGAUCACCAUCAGGAGCAACCUCUGACCUCCUCUGCCUGCAGCUUUUACUUAACCCUGUAGUUUCUGGACGUUUGUGCAGUAUUGAAAAGACAGGAAAAAAAGAAACAGAUAAAUAAACAUGGUUAUAACCUGACGCUAAAACUAAAACCAAGGAAAUGUACCUCUUUCUUCAGAAUUAAAACUAAAAUCUUAAAUAAAACAGAAAACUUGAUGAUGA